CCAUAAAAAUGCGUUUGUUGUCUAUGCUAACUAACGGUAGCUUGUUACCUAGCUAGGUGGAUUACUAAUGAUGGAGUCUGGAUGGAUAGACGGCGAACGAUAACAUAAGGAGUUAUAUCGCAGUAUAACCUGCACAUAUGCAUCGAUUGAUGUUUGCCAUGUUCAUUUCAUUGUCUAAAUGCUUUUCCAUUGUGAACGCCCAAGUUAUCAGGUAAUACGUUGUGUUCUAUCGGUAGCGAUCAAGCAGCGCUCGCAGUUAAUCUAGGCUGUCAGCAGCAUCAACAUCACGCCUAGUACCAGAGCGACUGCAGAACGCUGGCUAGCUAGCUUUUAAGCAGCACCUGGGUGAGUGCUGAGCUGGGCUAGAAGGCGAGGCCAAAGCAGUCCGCUCCUCUUCCUCCGUGCCUUCUUCCUCUUCCCUUUCACUCGAGAGCCGCUGUUCUUGCCCGACCUCUGACCUGCCGCGCGGAAAAGAUGGGCGGCCUCGGCGACGAAGCGUCCAGCCAGCUGGUGGACAACCAGCACCGGGACGAGGAGCGGGCCCAGAACCAGGAGAACGAGCAGGGGCACCGGCUCGCCCAGGAGCCCGCCGCCAACAACGCCAAGUGGGUCAAGGAGGGCCAGAACCAGCUGCGCAAGGACCAGAACCGCAACCCCGACCACGGCCGGGACCCGGACUGCAACCCCAACCGCAACGGCGUGGAGCGGCGCCGCCCCGCGCGCGGCGAGAAGACCGCCUCCCACAAGGCCCUGCGGUUCCUCUGCUCCGACCUGGAGGCCAGGAACGCCGCCAACAAGACGCUGAUCAUCGACAACCUGGUGUCCCUGGAGGGCGAGGAGGACGAGGAGGAGGAGGAGGGGGAGGAGGAGGAGGAGGAAGACGAGGCCUUGCCCCUGGCGACGAGGGAGAAGGACACGGACUCGUCCUCCGAGACCCUGAGCACCGGCGAGUCGCGUAAGGAGGGCGGAGGAGGAGGAGGAGGAGGAGGAGGAGGAGGAGGAGGAGGAGGAGGAGGAGGGAGGAGCGCCUGCCUGCUUUUCGGGAGCAGGAACGGGACGCUGAGCGAUGAGGACUCCAGCUGGACCUCGCUGUCCCAGGACAGCACGGCGAACAGCACCCCCGACGGGGAGACGGAGACCUUCUGGGACCGCAGUGCGUUUGAGACCGACACGGACCUGCCUGCCGGGUGGAUGCGGGUUCGAGACACCUCGGGCACCUACUACUGGCACAUCCCCACCGGCACCACCCAGUGGGAGCCCCCCUCGCCCCUGGAGGGCGGGGCCCCCGAAAGGCCCUCCAGCGCGUCCUCGGGGACCGCCUCCAGCGAGGAGCCGCAGGAGGGGGACGUGGUGUCGGACCAGAGCCUGAAGGAGUUUGAGGGGGCCACCCUGCGCUACGCGUCCAUCAACCUCAGCUGUUCUCUGUCGGAGGAUGAGGAGAAGCAGAGCCCUUUCAGCGCUGACCUGGAGGCCAAGCAGUGCUUCGCCGUGCGCUCCCUGGGCUGGGUGGAGAUGUCCGAGGAGGAAAUGGCGCCGGGGAGGAGCAGCGUCGCCGUCAACAACUGCAUCCGCCAGCUGUCCUAUCACAAGCAGAACCUGCACGACUCUGCGGGCAUCUGGGGCGAGGGGAAGGACAUGUUGCUGGUUCUGGAGAAUGAGACCCUGAACCUGAUUGACCCGCUGGGCCAGACCCUGCUGCACUCCCAGCCCAUCGUCAACAUCCGCGUGUGGGGUGUGGGGCGCGACAACGGCAGGGACUUCGCCUACGUGGCGCGGGACAAGCUGACCCACGUGCUCAAGUGCCACGUCUUCCGCUGCGACACGCCCGCCAAGAACAUCGCCACCAGCAUGCACGACAUCUGCUCCAAGAUUAUGACAGAGAGGAAGACGUCCAAGUCCUGCCUGAACAGGCUUAACAUUGACCCCUCCAAGCUGGUGGAUAUUCCUGUGCAAGAGUUCCCAGCGCCAAAGAACGAACUGGUCCAGCGCUUCCACGUGCGUUACCUAGGCAACGUGCGGGUGACCAAACCCGUGGGCAUGGACACGGUUAAUGUUGCCCUGGAGACGGCCCUGACAGCCAAUGAGAUGCAGGCGUGGACGCCGGUCACCGUGAACGUGGCUUCGGCCACCCUCACCAUCCUCACCACCGAGACGGAGGAGGUGCUGUCGGAGUGCCGCGUGCGCUUCCUGUCCUUCAUGGGCGUGGGGAAGGACGUGCACACCUUCGCCUUCAUCAUGGCCGAGGGCCCGGGCGACUUCGUCUGCCACAUGUUCUGGUGCGAGCCCAACGCCGCCAGCCUGUCGGAGGCGGUGCAGGCCGCGUGCAUGCUGCGGUACCAGAAGUGUCUGGAUGCCAGGCCCCCCAGCUCCAGCUCCUGCCUGCCCACCCCCCCGGCGGACUCCGUGGCCCGGCGCGUGGGCUCCAGCGUCAAGAAGGGCGUCCAGACGCUCCUGGGCAGCUUCAAGCAGAGGAUGUCCGUGGCCGAAUCGCCCUGAGGAGGAGGAGCGGCGCUCGCCUUCGCCUCCCCCGCCCCUCCCCCCCCCCCUUCCUCCUCCUCCACAGCGAUGCCCUGCGUGUUCCUCGUCACCUCCACCAUUCGGCCUUUAAGAGUAAUAGUGAGAUUUUCCUGUCAGACCUGGCCCCGCCCUGCCCCGCCCCGCCCCGCCCCGCCCCGCCCUGCUUCGCCCCGCCCUGCCCGAUGCUCACUCACAGUGGUGGGAGGAUGCACGAUGCCCGCUUCCUGUUUUUCGUUGCAGCUAUUUAUCAAAAAAAGACACAUUUGCUUCAGAAGCGGAAGAGAUGGGAGUGUGACACACACACGAUGCCACUGCUCUCUCAUUCCUUGUUUCUAACAGGGGAAGAACAAAUGAUGAAGUUUCAGGCCCAUCUCCCAUAUCACAGCCUAUCUCUUCAGAUUUAAAAAAAUAUAUAACGGAUAAAGGUUAGACUAGAUAAUUUGUAUAUAUGAAUGUACAAAGUCAUCGUCUGAUAUGUUGUAGAGAGUCUGGGUGGCUGUUUAUGACGAAAGCUGAAAUAUAAAUCUAAAAGAUAGAGUAGAGAGCUUCUGGGAAUACCCAAAUGUCAAGCUCUUUUCCGUGUGACUGAUAAACCUUGGUGUUUUUUAUAUUCACGUCUUGCCAUAUCGUCGUCUUGCUGUGUAGAUAUUUCCUGUUGAAAAUCCAGACAUUCAGAAUUCCAGAGCAGUUAGAAUUUCAGGUUCUUCGGUCAUGUCUUAGCAUCUUAGCAUAUUUUCAGAAAAUGCAAAGAAUUUCAAAGCUACGAAUGUAAAAAGUAGGGAAACACUGUUUGAGAACGUGUUCUCUCCUGUUCGCACUGCAGGCUUUUGUAAAGGUUUUUCUGGUGUUGAGUUUUGUAGCAUACUGUAAGUGUGUAUAAGUACCUAUACUCUGCUUGAUUACUCAAGUUUAAAUCUCCCUGACCAAUCCACAGCCUCCAUUCUAUGGCUCUUAUUAUGGUUUUCAAAAUUUAGGACACCGUUUUAGCUAAAAAAACAA